AUGGAUGAUUCAGAGAACCAAACGUCUAUGGAAAAAGCACAAUUAUGUUAUGGAAUAGUUGGGAAUAUUCCGAAAGAAUUUCACUCGGCUGACUUGAGGGCGAUGUUUACAGACUUCAUCAACGACGAAACUUGGGGAUUUAGAUGUUUUCAUUUUCGACAUAGACCUGAAAUUAGACAAGACGUAACUUUGAAUGAUGGUGACGGGGAAGUUCAAACGUCAAAUACUACAUGUUGUGUUGUGUUAGUGCUAAAUGAAAAAUUAGAGGAGUUGAUAAAGCGUUAUCGUGGCAAAAACUGGGUUGACCGAAAUGGCAAAUACUUUCCAUCCAAAGCAGUCAUAUCAAAGAUAAGCAUCAAAACAGGACAAGGUUUGUAAUUUCUACUUUGUAUUUAAUUACGCUUUAUAAUUUGCGUGAUACACUAAAUUUGAGCUUAUUUUAAGAAAAUAAAUUAAAACAAAUCAUGGAAUAAGAGUUUGUUCUCGUAAAUUCAAACUGCCUUUAUAAAUUGCAGAGAAAAAGAGUUCUUAUCCGAUGAUUUGUUUUAAAUUUUCUCAUAAAGUAAGAAAAGUUUUUAUAAGAAAAGUUUUUCUUAAAUUGAGAGAUUUGGAGCAAUCUCGAAUUUAGGGUGGUAAAAAUUCUCCUAGUUUAAAUCAUAUAAAGUAGUGUGAGUGUUGUUGCAAUCGAGGACUAACCUAAAGCCCCUGUAUGGGUACCUACAGACGUUUUUGUUGUGUAUUUAUCAUCAAAACGUCAGUUUUUUAACGAAAUCGUUUCAAAUCAAGAUAAGGUUUUAAACAAGCCCGAGCAACUAGGAUGUCAACAACGAAAUGAAGAAAUAGAAAAGGGACAGGUUUAAAAAGCAUAGCAAAAUCUCAGAAUGUGCAUCACAUUUUUUGGCAUAUUUGUCUGCUGUCACUGCAUGACCAAUGUUGUCAAAUUUGAUCGAAUGGCAAUGUGAUCAUCCCUUCAAUUCUAAGAUCAUUGUGUCAUCAAUUGAGUAGCGAUUGUCAUGGCUUUGAUUUCAUCAGAAAUACCCAUACAGAGCCUCAACCUAAAUAAGUGCAACUACAUUUCCUAGUCUAAGUGACCACCUAUGCAAAAUGACAAAAAUCAGUUUUUCCACUCAAAGCAAUUUACACAUUCCUAUCACUGAUAUAACUAAGUGCCAUUUUAUAGAGAGAACUUGGUCGCCAUUAUCCGGCCAUCUUGACCUCAUGCUUAAUGCAUGCUUAAUACAUGUAUCUCUCUUAUUGCAGACACCAGUGAGGACAUUCUGUAUAAAACAAAACAGGAAAAAAGAGUACAUCCCUUCACAAGGACAAACUUAGAGUUUUCAAAGCAUGACCUUAAGGAACUACCAGAGCUUCAUCCACCUCCUUUGAUGCCUAAUGGGAAUGUUGGAACACCUUUGUUGGUAUUUAAGGAGUUAAUAAGAGCUUGCAAGCUACCGCCUUGUGUAAUUAAAAAACUGAAUUUGAAUGUUUCUAUUGCUAAAUCUAAAAAGAAAUACAGCAAUGUUCCUUUUGAUUACAAGUCUUUGGACAAAGGAAAAGGAAAAGUAAAUGGAUUGGAGAAAAACAAAGCAUCAACAUCAAAUGUGGAUGCCACAGGAAGUAGAAGCUCUGAUCAAGGUAACAAUAGCUGUAAUUCUGAAACUGAAGAGAAUGAACAUACUGCUGAAACUGACCAAGAUUGUAAUCCCAAAAGAGCAAUUGAUGAUGAUGAUGAUGAUGAAAGUAAUGUCAAGCAUGAUGAUGAUGAUGAUCUGCCAGAAGAGUGGGACAGACAUGAAUCAUUGCACAAUGAUGUCACGAGUCAAGAUCGAACAAAAGAGAGGCUUUUUGAAGAAGAAAUUGAGCUCAAGUGGGAGAAGGGAGGCAGUGGUCUUGUGUUUUACACUGAUGCAGCUUUCUGGAAGCAACAGGAGGAAGCAGACUUUGAUGAAGAAACUGCUGAUGAUUGGGAUGUAGACAUGGAAAUAUAUGAAAACCCAGGUGGGUACAUGCACUAAUAAGUCAAAAAAUGUAUCAUUCUUGCAUCCACAGUUAAUUUUAUUCUGUUGAUAUAAUAAAGUUUUUAGAGAGGGGUGUAUUUUACUCACUAUUUUGAUUCCAGCACAAUUCCAUUCACUUCUGUAAAUAAUAAAAUGAAGACAUAAUUUUUUGUAAAAAGGAGCUUGUACUGAAGAAGGAAAACAGGCAGUGCUGCCAAUACAUCUCUUAGUAGUAGUGCCAGCUAUUAACCUCGGAACAAUUUUGUUUGAUGGGGGAAUGUUGCAUUAAGACAUGAGUCACUCCAACUUUUUUCCAGUUAUCUCUUAUUUGACAGAAGAAAACAAAUUUGAUUAUGAACAAAAACUUACAGCUUACCACCCCUCUGUUAUGGUUUUUAUAAGUUGUGCUUCACAGUUCGAGUAAAAAUAUUUUCUUUACACACAGAUGGUGGUGACAAAGACUCACGUGAUCUUCUAAGGAUGAGAUUAGAAGGGCAGUGGAAGAAAGGCAAUGACAUAACACUCAAUAAAAUUGGUGGAUUUGAGAAAUAUACCCGUGGGUUUGGUGGCCGGUUGAUGAGAAAACUAGGCUGGAAGGAAGGUGGAAGCCUUGGUUCUUCUCAGGUGGGAGUAACAGAGCCUGUUGUUGCAGAUGGACAAUUGCCGAAAUGUAAAAGAGGCCUUGGGUAUUAUGGUGAAAAGCUAGAACGACAUGUGAAGCGACCAAAGGCUGAAAGGAAUGUAAUAAUAUCAACUAUUUAUGAUGAACCAGACAGGGAGGAAGUGAAUCUGUUUGAGUCCUGGGGACCUGAUAAACUGAAGUAUGUCAGCAACGUGGAUUUCAUACGUGGGAAAACUUGCCCAGCAGAAGAUGACAAAAUGUGACCACUACUGGCCUUCUCCCAUUGUUCUCAAAAGAGAGAGAUGACAAUUAGUUUUUGCCUCAAAAAUUCCAAACUGAUCAUGUGAACUGUCCAGAAUAUGAUCAAGGGUACUGAUUGGUUAAGUUUGGUAUACUGUAUAUUAUUACUAUAUUCUUUUCAACCCAUGAUGAAAACUAAAACUUUGGAAUUAUCGUUUGUAUAUUAGAGGGACCAAAGGUUGCAGUCAGGGUCAGUUGUUUUCCAAGACUUACUCAAUUUUGCUGUUGUAAUAUAUUAAAAGCGUAACACUUCUUUAGUAAUCAACAAGAAAAAAUGAAACUCAAACAAAGCAGCAUCUACAAGCUAUGACAACCAGACUGGACGAAAGUGGGAGUGAGCUUCACACCUAACUGAAUAAACCAUAGCGGUUAAGAAGAACAUGG